AUGUCAACUUAUUUGACAGAAGAAACUUUAGAAAAAGGAUAUCGCCAGGACAAGUAUUUUGCACCAAUUUUUGAAGCAUUGAAAAAUUCAGUGAAGAGUGAUGAAAAACAAAAGGCACAAGCCAUACAUUAUGAAUUAAGAAAUAACAAAUUAUAUUUGAAACAAGGCCAACAACUUGUUAUUCCUAAAAACAAAGAAUUGCAAACUAGUUUGUUGCAAGAAUAUCAUGACAUUCCUAUUGCUGGACACUUAGGAAUUGAUAAAACAUAUGAAAAAUACAUAACUAGCUGUGAUUCAUGCCAAAGAAACAAAAGUAACAAUAAACAACCAGCUGGAUUAUUACAACCACUCUCUACACCAUUGAAACGUUGGGAACAAGUAACAAUGGAUUUCAUAGUGCAAUUACCAACAACACAUAAAGGAUAUGAUGCAAUUAUAGUAAUUGUAGACUGUUUAUCAAAACAUGCACAUUUUUGUCCAACACAUACAUCUGUAACUGCACCAGAAGUUGCAAAGAUUUUCUUUUCCACUAUUUUCAAAAAUCAUGGUCUACCUCAAGUUAUUAUUUCAGAUAGAGAUGCAAAAUUUACCAGUCGUUUUUGGAAAACAUUAUUUGAACAGGUAGGAACUAAAUUGGCUAUGUCAACUGCAUUUCAUCCACAAACUGAUGGGCAAACAGAACGAAUGAAUAGGACAUUGGAAGAAAUGUUAUGUGCAUACUCAUACAAACAAGACAAUCAUUGCUGUAAUUUCUACAACUGCAUAUAA